CGUUCCACCCUUCCAGUUACAGAUUAACCUUUCCUGUGCAAUAGACAAGAUAAACUGCAAAGUCCCUAUUUUAGAAAGUCAAGAUUUGGAAGGAAGGACCUUGGUGGGAGACUCCGAGGGGUCUUUCACCCCCACAGCCACCCCCCACCCUGCACCCCCCCAAGAUGGAGGAAGAAAAGUGUCAAGGAGACUUCAGAACUUACAAAGAACGAAAUUGGCACUCGUACACUCGGAGUCCUGCCUUCCAUGUCUAUGUACUGCUGGCUAUCUCAUUAUUGCUGAGUACUGUUUUCUUGAUUGUGGCUGUUUCCAAAGCGGUAGCACUUUCCUCGGAAUGGGCUGAAUUAAAUGUUGAGCUUCCAAAGAAAAUGGAGGGACAUGACUUUGACUUGUUCCCGUGCGGUCCCAACACCAGAGAGUGGGAAUACUUUAAUGGAAAAUGUUACUUCUUCUCCCUGGAAAAGACUUCUUGGACAGAGGCCAGGCUUCAGUGUGAGAGGAGGGCUGCUCAGCUCGUCAUGAUUGAGACCAUGGCUGAACAGAAUUUCCUUCAGACUUAUACGAAGAAUGACCGAUACUGGAUAGGACUCACAGACAUGAGCAUGGAAGGACACUGGGAAUGGCUGGAUGGCAGAAAUGGAAUAACUGGCUUCACGUAUUGGAAGCAAGGGGAGCCCAACGACGAUUAUCGGGGCGAGGACUGUGCACAUCUCUGGGUCUAUGGGGAAUGGAAUGAUGUCUACUGCACGUACCCCUGCUUUUACGUCUGUGAGAAACCCUUGCGGGACACAAGACCACAGCACCAAGGAUGAACCUGAGCAUCUCUUGUGAGAAUCCUCCCUCCAGGCCCAUGGAAAUUGUCCCGUACUGGAAACCUUCCCCUAACGUGUCCCCACAAGAAGAGGAAUGAAUGUCUCAUUCCAAAGUUAGCAGUAUACCGUUGAAAGAAGCACACCAAUCAUUCACGUGGAAGGGCUUCAAUUUAAAAGGAUGAAAUGAUGAGACGGAGUGUGAAUGUUGUUAGUAGCGACUGCAACCGAUAUCUUGUGGAUCUGCAGAUUCAACAGCUGUAUCAAAUGCUUUCAGUUUGAUGUGUGCCUUGGUUUUUGGGCGUAUGAAUAAAAAUGGUGCUUUUCUUUUUAGUAUUUCAGUUGUACCUUUUAGGAGGUUCUAAAGUGCUUCCAUACACACCCUUAGAAGAGGUCCACUCCCUUCAAGAGGAGAAGUGCCAUACAAGUUAACAAAGUGACAUAUCGCUAGAAGUAUUCCACUAUCUUAGGGAAGGAGGUGAGUAUGUGAGGUCUCCACACUUGCAACAGCUUAUUGGAUAGAUUUGUAUAUUUAGGUUCUGUGGUGUGGGAAAUUGAAGUUACUUCUCAAAUAUCCCAAUUGAAACAUUGCUUUGAAAUCUGAGGUCUUUAUUUACUUGCUGAAGAGGUACACAAUCUUCUUCCCUAUCUCUUUGUCCUAGCUCUGUGUCAGUAGCUCUUCGUAGGAUGAUUUCUCUUGCAUUUAGAUGAGGUUAAUUUUGGCGGUUUUAUUUUUAAAGUGUGCAUUUCUGCUUUAUGUUUCCAAAGCCAAAGAUAUUUGUUGGCUUGUUGGGAGGAUUACAGCCCACUGUCUCAUGAAGUUCUCAGCAGGGCUAACGUAAAGCAAUUGCAAUUAAAACACCAUGGUGCUCGCUUGUGAAGAACAAUUUCUCCUGCCAUUUAAAACGUUGCAGAGCAAAAUUAGCCCCUGAGGCAGGGGUGAUUAAACAACACCCAGAAGUCCUUUGGUUCUAACUUCCAUCAGCUCCAGCUAGGAUUGGCUUAGGCAGAGAUGAUGGGAGUUGUUGUCCAAAUAUAUUUGAAGAGCAGCAGUUUGCCACCUCUGCUCUAAGCAGUCACAACAGCUAUGCUUAUGGCUGCAUAAACAGUAGGGGGUGCUUAUACAAUCCAUCCAUGGGAAGAAAAAGUAAAGAAGCAGGACCUUCUUACACAAGCCCCCAUUUUCACUGAAGGUUUUCUGUGCUGUGAUGGCCGCAUAAGGUCACAGAAGCCUAUAGUUGGGUUCCUAUUUCUGCUGAAUCUGUAAGAUUCACUUCCUCCCUAUAAUAUUUUCAUCCUUUUCCAUGACUAAGCAAUUUGUAUAAUGCACUGUCAGUUGAAAAACAAGCAUUAGUACUGUGUUUAGAAUCUAUCACUCACUUCAUGGUCAUUGCCUGUGGAAGAUCUGAUGUUAUCGCUAUUUUACUUUGUUCUCUACACUUUAGAAUGUAUCCCUUCCAGGAGAUAAUUGACAUGUGCCAUUUGUAAAAUUACAGGUCAACUUCAGACUUCUCAAAUCCUCUGCAUUUUUAUCCACUAGAAUCUCAUGAUUCACGAUCCAGAGUCAGAUCCAAGUGGUAUACAAUAAACCAUUUCCCCCUCUGCCACUAUAUCCCCCUGAUAUAGUGGGGGAUGAAAAUGGUUUCUGAAUCUGACUUGUUUCUGCUGCCACCAGUUCUUUCAAUCUCCCUGAGAGUCUGAUACUCUAAACCAGUGGUUCUCCACCUUGGAUAACCCAAUUGUUCUUGAACUGCAGUUCCCAGAAGCCUUCGCCACCAGCUGUGCUGGCCAGGAUUUCUGGGAGCUGCAGUCCAAGAACACCUAGGUUACCCAAGGUAGGGAACCCCUGGCUCUAAACUGAGGUGUGAGAUGCACCACAGGCACCUGAGGCAGACCAACCUCUUCCCCACUCAUCCUGAAAUGGACACAUAUGCACAGUCACUUGAAUUUGGCUUUUCUGUAUCUGUUUUUUUUUUCUUUUCCUUGCUAUGAAUUCAUUCUCUCUCAUCCUGGGGUUGUUGUAAAUGCAGGCUCUAUUUUAAAUUUAUUUUUUUUUUCAAUUGUU